CCAAGAGGAAGCGCAGCAGAUAGACCAGGAGCUCUUCAAUGAGUAUCUUUUCAGUUUGGAUCAACUGAUGGAGCUUGCUGGAUACAGCUGUGCUGUGGCUAUUGCUAGGUGCUACCCUCCCGAGAGCCUGAAGAAGGACCACGCUGCUGUGCUGGUGUGUUGUGGACCCGGUAACAAUGGCGGAGAUGGGCUGGUGUGUGCCCGUCACAUGAAGCUAUUUGGAUACAAACCAACAUUGUUCUACCCAAAACAGAACAACAAACCUUUGUUCAAAGCUCUGGCUCUUCAGUGUGAACGACUGGACAUCCCAACAUUGUCCUUCUUCCCAACAGACCCCCAGUGUAUCGUAGACUCCUUUAACUUGGUGGUUGAUGGGAUAUUUGGCUUCAGCUUCAAACCUCCUGCCCGACCCGAAUUUGCAUCUGUGCUGGAGGGUCUGACGAACAUACAGGAGAAAGUGCCUAUCUGUUCUAUAGAUGUUCCAAGUGGCUGGGAUGUGGAGAAGGGAAAUCCGACAGGUUUGCAGCCAGACUUGCUUAUCUCCCUUACUGCACCAAAACUGUGUGCUCUUCACUUCAAAGGUCACAGACACUUUCUAGGAGGAAGAUUUGUACCGCCCGGGCUGGAGCAGAAGUAUGGACUGCGUCUGCCACCUUACCCAGGGACAGACCCAGUGGUGGAGUUGAAGAUGCCGCCAAACUCUCAGCAGUCUUGA